AAAAUUCGCGACUAUGAAAGCUUUAAAAUGACAACCCUACUCAUACCCAAUGUUAUGGUGGGACUACGCCACAUCUGGACCAUGUCCAGCUACUACUGCCGUGACGACAAAAUGCAGAUUUUACUUUGCCAAAUUUCCAACGUCUUUAUACAGAAAGUCAAGCGCAUCGUCUGCUUCGAACACGUAUUCAGUCGCUCUGCAAAAUAUACCUAUGAGACUGCCACCAAUUGUGCCAAUUUGCUACGUUGUUGGAAGAGUGCUUACCUCGCAAGCCGUUCGUACAUUGAAAGCUCCGGUGUCGGUUCGCGUUGGGAGUUCGAUCGUCAGACGCUCUUUUCCGAAGUCGAUCAUAUUUGUCUCAUUAGUCAAGAUAUCGCAUACAUCGGGCGCGUUUUCAUUCAAUACGAAAAUCUCUUCGGUAAUCGCCUCAAAGCAAUCAUCACCGAUCCCUCGAUUGUGGAUGAUUUAAUGAAGAAGGUUUAUCGUCUGUUAGACGAAAUGCUUUCCAAUGUGGACUAUGAUAUUUUCAGGCCAGGUAACUUCGAGAAUUGGGAACAUACACUCGAAACAUUCAAUCGCCGUCUAGAGAGUGUUGAGUUUGAAGCAAAGGCCGUAAUUGAGCGUAGCAUAAAUACAUUGCGUUCGUCGGAUAUGGGGCUGGAGCUGAUUAAGACCAUCAAAGAAAUAGAUACACGCGAAGAGCUCGUCGAAUUCAUUUCAACAAAACAUGAAAAUAUUUUGCGGUUUUUCCAAACUGAAAUUAACUCUGUAGAGUUUACGUAUAGACAAAAUCGCAAAAACCCACCAAUCGGUAAGCAUCAGCCAUUCCGCAUCGGCUGCAUUCAGUGGGCGCGUCUGUUGACCAAUAAACUAAAAGUCUCCGUGUUGGCAUUCAAAAGGAUGGCAGAUGAGCCCAAUUUGAAAAAUAGUUAUGUGAAACGUAGCGCUUUCAAGCAGUAUUUUGAGUUGGUUAACCAAAUGUAUCUCUUUGAGACGGAAAUGUUCGACAGAUACACCGCCAAAGCAACCUACAUGGUGAAUGCUGUGUUCCAGAAGAAUAUACUAUGCAUACGGAUUCGCAAUCCUAAGACAUUGGAAUACAUUUCAGAGUCGCAGGAAACUCUGCAUUCGAUGCGCCGACCAACUGAAGAUGCAAGUGCAAUGCAAGACGCGGGAGGAGCUGGGUUCAAAUGCAGAAUAACAAAAUUCACCGUUUACGCAACACUCAUAUCGUGGCUGGUGUAUCGGCCUCAAGAGAGUGACUUACAGAUAAUGAAAGCUAAGUCAUUUAUCAGAGCCACGAAGGCGAAGAAGAAUCCUACCGAAAAGGACAAAUAUUAUCUGAAGAUUUGCGAAUUGCUUGUACGUGCCGAACAGCAGGAUGGUUUGCCUACUUGGCGCGAAUUGGUUGGCGAUCGUAUUUUAAUUGAAUUCGGAAUACAAUUUCGAUUGAAUCUAUCGCGUGAAAUAUUCGAGGUCAUGUUCGAGGGUCAGCAAUUUGAACAUUUCGGUUAUUUGCUGCCAAACGUUUUGCGUACAGCCAUCAUGAAGAAAGAAAUGCUAUUCAAUGACUACGAAGCUGUAGCCAACAUCAUCAAUAGAUAUAAUGCGAUCAUUGAUGGACUAGUGCUGUCGGAGGUCAACUUCCUACGCGAACAUCUCUUUGAAACCGAACUCGUCAUACAAACCGGCAUCGGCCGUUACACCUGGCUGUCGUUUAAUAUUGUAAAAUAUUGCGAAUCUGUUAACGUUUUGAUACGUAAACUUACUUCUAUCGUAUCGCAAAUCAAUUUUAUACGUUUGGAUGUAAAAAGUCGAAUAAAUCGCAUUAAGCAUUUCAAUCUUUUUGAUAUACACGACCGCACCGGCAUCGACCCCACGCCCAAAACGCCGGCUUUGCAAUUUACUGCUGAAUCGAAUGCGUCAGUAACGCAACAAGAAUCAGCACUUAGUGCCCAAUCGGAUGAUCCAAAAGAGGAGGCCGAACUGACACAACAAGAAAGAGAGUGCGGCAAGGAUAUGUAUCAUUUUCAAGGAUACUAUGAGAAGUUGGAGCAAUCGCGCAAUGAAAAAUGUGCACACAUGCAGAAGAUAUAUGACUCGAUUGGGCCGGUGCUGGUGAAGUUGGAGAGUCUGGUGUUGGGCACUUUCACUGGACGCUCGGAGGAGAUGCGCGGUUACUAUACUUAUUGGGAACAGAUAACCUACCAGUGCAUCUUGGACAACGCCUAUAAAAAUCUGAAAUGCUUCAUUGAACGUUUACUAAGUGAUGUGCCCAUGUUCGAAGUGAAUGCCGUAAUGAUGAUGUCCGAAAUUAUGCUGGAGCCAAGCGCUUCGGAGAUGCAGAACAUAAUGCUGCAAGCGGCUAAAGAUUAUCUAGAAAGGAUCCACAUCUACACGCGAUGGAUGGAUGGCACAUGCCUGCCUUGUGCGCCAAUUAAUGACGAAUACGGCGAUAAGUACAUCUUCACAUUCUACGAAGAUGUCAUCCAGGUACGCGACAUCAGCCAUUUGGCCGUGCGCGUUCAUGAGGUUGCCAACGCUUUGGUGUACGAGUGCAAAGUCGUUAUUUCCAAAUUUAGGCAAUACUACUACUUGUGGGCCUUCGAUAAAUAUACCAUAGCUGAGAAAUUUAUUAAUCGUGGCAUGCCACUUGUGGCACUUGAUGAGAAAUUUACAUUUUUUUACAAUAUCAUUGAGCAGAUACAAAGGAUGCCUCCCUAUUGGAAUGUCAAAAGUAUUCGCAUCAAUUUGAGGAAGCUUAUGGACAGCAUAUCUCAGCAUGCCCAGCAAUGGCGUGCAAUACUUGGCGAGUUGCUGGCCAAUAGAGCAUCAGAAAAUAUUUUGAAUUUGCGAAAUGAAAUCAAAGAGCUCCGUUUCAAUUUGGAUAAGACGACCAAAGAACUGGCUGACUUCAAAUUGGUCAUGCAAACAAUCUCUACAAUUCAAACGAAAACGCUAAGCUAUGAACACCGAAUCCAUGAGCUACAGGAAACCUUUACUGUGCUGGCAGAGCACAACAUCAAGUUCAACUUCGACGAUUUGUUGAUGGCGCAUCACCUGGAGAAACGUUGGAAUCGUCUCUUCCGCUCAUCGCUCUACCGCAUGGAUAAGGUGCAACCAAUUAAACAGAAAUUCGCCGAUAUGACUUCCGUUGAAAUCUCAUCAUUCUGGACAGAGCUGGAAGCAUUCAUAUUGGAUUUCGAAGAGAAUGGGCCGGGCUCAGUGGGUCCUGACCUGGACAAAGGCGGUAAGCUGAUGGACUUUUACGGCGCCAAAUUGAAUUCCUACGAAGAGCGACGCAUUGAAUUGUCCAAUGCGGAGAAACUUUUCGAUAUGCCGAUGGCCGAUUACAAUGAAUUCUCAAGAAUCAAGACUGACUACGAAGGCAUGAUAUUGAUUUACAAACUGUACAAAGCCUAUAAAACUGGAAGAGAGGUUUGGUCGAAGACAUUAUGGGCCGAUUUGGAUCCACAAAUACUAACGGAAGGCAUCGAAAGUUACCUGAAAGAGUUUCGUAAACUACCGAAGCAGGUACGCAUGUUGCCCUCGGGCCAGAUGCUCGAGCUGAGUAUGAAACAGUUCAAGAACACCGUACCGCUAAUGGUCAGCCUCAAAAAUGAGGCAUUGCGCGAACGCCAUUGGAAUCAAUUGAUGGAGAAGACCGGACAGCUCUUUGAUAUGGCGCCAGCACGCUUUACGCUCGAGAAUAUGUUCGCAAUGAAGUUGCACGAAUAUCAGGAAAUCGCUGAACAAAUUCUUAAUAAUGCAAUUAAAGAGCUGGCCAUUGAACGUGGCGUCAAAGCAGUUGAAGAUACCUGGGCUACUAUGGCAUUUAAAGUGCAUAAGCACUACAAAGGCAAUGAAGAUCGUGGUUUCACACUGGGUUCGGUGGAGGAGAUCGUCGUAACUCUAGAGGAUAAUGCAAUGAAUUUGCAAUCAAUGGGUGCCUCACAGUUCAUUGGCCCAUUUCUGGAGACUGUUAAUAAGUGGGAGCGCUUGCUGUCCUUGAUCGGUGAAAUCAUUGACGAGUGGCAAGUGGUGCAGCGCAAGUGGCUCUACCUGGAGGGCAUCUUCAUUGGUGGCGAUAUUCGGGCACAGUUGCCCGAGGAAGCAAAGAAAUUCGAUGACAUUGACAAAGCAUACCGCAGAAUUAUGGUUGAUUGUGCCAAGAAUCCUUUGGUGGUGCCACUAUGCUCAGUGCCUGGCCGUUUGCCCGAAAUUCAAGGACUCGGUAUUGGUUUGGAGAACUGUCAGAAGUCAUUAAACGAGUAUUUGGAAUCGAAAAGACGCAUAUUUCCGCGCUUUUACUUCAUUUCUACGGAUGAGUUGCUCUCGAUUUUGGGCAGCAGCGAACCAUCGGCUGUGCAAAACCACAUCAUCAAGAUGUACGACAACAUUAAGUCACUGCGCUUCUCCAAAGACAAUUCUGAUCAGCCCAUCGUCACUGCUAUGAUAUCCAGCGAGGGUGAGGUUAUGGAAUUUCGCCAUAGCGUGCGCGCUAAGGGUCGCGUUGAGAACUGGAUGUGCGACGUGCUGGAUGAGAUGCGACGCUCAAAUCGUUUCAUCACCAAGCGUGCCAUCUUUGACUUUGGCACUGAUCUGGAAAUAACAAGACCCGAUUGGAUGAUGAACUACCAAGGCAUGGUGGCGUUGGCUGCCUCGCUCGUCUGGUGGACCGCUGAAGUGGAAGAGGCUUUCGAUCAGGCCACCAAUCAUCACAAUAUGCGCGCCAUGAAGGAUUUCCUUGAAAAGCAAAAUCAUCAAAUUGAAGAGCUGGUCAUUAAGGUGCGCUCAAAUUUGACCCGCAACGAUCGACUCAAAUUCAAAACCAUCACAACAGUCGAUGUGCAUGCACGCGAUAUCAUCGAAGCGUUCGUGCGUGACAACAUUCUGGACGCAAGCGAAUUCAGUUGGGAGAGUCAAUUGCGUUUCUAUUGGCUCAAGCUAUACGACAAUCUAUAUGUUAUCCAAUGCUCAGGCCAAUUCGAAUAUGGCUAUGAAUAUAUGGGCCUGAAUGGGCGUUUGGUUAUCACACCGCUGACAGAUCGUAUCUAUUUGACUAUUACACAGGCUCUGCUUAUGAAUCUGGGUGGUGCACCGGCGGGACCUGCUGGCACAGGUAAAACGGAAACAACUAAGGAUUUGGCUAAAGCCAUGGCGCUUCUGUGUGUUGUCACCAAUUGCGGUGAGGGUAUGGAUUUCCGCGCUGUAGGCACCAUUUUAGCCGGCUUGGCUCAGUGUGGCGCCUGGGGAUGUUUUGACGAGUUCAAUCGCAUCGAUAUCUCAGUGUUGAGUGUCAUAUCUACACAGCUUCAAACCAUACGAAAUGGAUUGAUAAGGAAACUGGAUCGUAUUAUUUUCGAAGGCAGUGACAUCAAACUCGACCGCAAAGUGGGCGUCUUUGUCACCAUGAACCCGGGCUAUGCAGGGCGUACAGAGCUGCCUGAAUCGGUUAAGGCGCUAUUUCGGCCGGUGACCUGCAUUAAACCGGAUUUGGAGUUGAUCUGCUUAAUUUCGCUCUUCUCUGAUGGAUUUUUAACGGCCAAAGUUCUGGCAAAGAAGAUGACAGUACUCUACAAGCUGGCAGAGGAACAACUCUCCAAGCAAUGCCAUUACGAUUGGGGUUUACGUUCGCUGAAUUCAGUACUGCGGAUGGCGGGUGUGAUGAAGCGAGCAUCGGAGGAUCUACCCGAGGCUGUUGUGCUGAUGCGUGUGCUGCGUGACAUGAACUUUCCGAAGUUCGUCUUUGAGGAUGUGCCUUUGUUUUUGGGACUUAUUAAGGACUUGUUUCCUGGCAUUGAUUGCCCACGCAUUGGUUAUCCGACCUUUAAUGCUGCCGUGCGACACACCCUCGUAACCGAUGGCUAUGUACUACUAGCAGAUCAGGAGGAUAAAGUGGUGCAAAUGUACGAGACCAUGAUGACCCGGCACUCGACGAUGAUUGUUGGGCCAACAGGUGGUGGCAAGACUGUCGUCAUAAAUACACUAAUUAAAGCACAAUACCACAUGGGCCUGCCCACCAAGUGCACCGUACUUAACCCCAAGGCCUGUUCGGUAAUCGAAUUAUAUGGUUUCCUCGACAUGGAUACACGCGAUUGGAUUGAUGGAUUAUUUUCGAAUAUAUUUCGUGAGAUGAAUAGGCCGACCGAACGAGAGGAACGACGUUAUGUCUGCUUUGACGGGGAUGUGGACGCUCUGUGGAUUGAGAACAUGAACUCGGUUAUGGAUGAUAAUAAGCUGUUGACAUUAGCGAAUGGAGAGCGCAUCAGAUUGGAAAGCUAUUGCGCGCUGCUAUUUGAGGUCGGCAACUUGUGGUAUGCAUCACCAGCUACUGUCUCCCGCGCCGGCAUGGUUUAUGUGGAUCCAAAAAAUCUGCGUUACGCUCCGUACUGGCAACGUUGGAUAUUGACGCGCCCCGAAGGCGAACACGAGAUAUUAAAUGAAUUUUACGAGAAAAUAAUUGUGCAAUCGAUCGGUUUUAUCUUGGAGGGUGUGGAUGGCACCUCUCAGGGUAAUCCCUUGAAAAUGGUCAUUCCCCAAACGGAACUGAAUAUGGUUGUGCAAUUUUGCUGCAUGUACGAUGCUGUGCUGCCUGUAUACAGCAACGUGGUUGACAUAACAACAGAAGCACCGGAGGCUAUCGUUUACGAUCAGGACGCGAUUGAAUGUGGAUUUAUUCAGUGCGCCUACAGCUCACUGGGAGCCACACUCAUCGAGCGGGACAAGCCAAUCUACGACGAGUUUAUGAAGCGAAUUGCUGGCUUCCCCCCCGUAACGGACUCACAACAAAAACCAGCAACCGGUGGUCAGCUGCCCAAUAGCAAACCUACACUCUACGACUAUUUCUAUAGUCGUGAAAAAGAAUGUUGGAUUGCUUGGGAAUGGGUGGUACCCGAGUAUAUUCACGAUCCCGAAAUGAGGUUUAGUGAAAUUUUAGUACCAACCGUUGACAGUACACGCACUACCAGAACGCUGGCCUUGAUGAAAGAGAUUAAGCGACCGGUGCUACUGGUCGGCGAGGCGGGCACAUCAAAGACUGCCAUGAUUUCACAGUAUUUACGUAACUUAAAUCCGGAAUCGAAUAUCAUAUUGAAUAUUAAUUUUUCAUCGAGAACUUCAUCUAUGGAUGUGCAACGCACGCUCGAGGCGGCUGUGGAAAAACGCACAAAGGAUACAUUCGGCCCACCAAUAGGCAAGAAAAUAGCCUGCUUUAUAGAUGACAUGAAUAUGCCACAAGUUGAUGAAUACGGAACACAACAGCCGAUUGCAUUGCUCAAGCUGCUCUUCGAACGCGGUGGCAUGUACGAUCGUGGCAAGGAUUUAAAUUGGAAAAAGUUCAAAGAUCUCACAUUCUACGCGGCCAUGGGUUGCGCCGGCGGUGGCCGCAACGAAGUCGAUCCACGUUUCAUAUCUAUGUUUGCCGUCUUCAAUAUUGUCUUCCCCAACGAUGAAUCGCUACAGCAAAUUUACGUUUCCAUAUUCAAAGGGCAUCUGAUGCAUAGUAGCGAAUUUAAAGCGGAACUACUGCCGAUGGCAGAUUUUGUGGUCAGCAUGACGCUGCGACUAUUUAAGAUUGUCAUUGUGGAACUGCCACCAACACCAUCGAAAUUCCAUUAUAUCUUUAACUUGAAGGAUUUGUCGCGUAUCUUCGCCGGCAUGCUGUUGAUCCAUUCGAACUACUUUCGCGACCUGCGUGCCUUGAUACGCGUUUGGCGUAAUGAGUUUACCAGAAUUAUUUGCGAUCGAUUAAUUUCGGAUAAUGAUGUCAACUUAAUAAGAAAGCACAUUGAGGAGGAGGUGACUGAGACGUUCCCAUCGGGCUUUGAGGAGGAGUACGGUUUCAUAGACCCAGAUGCAGUGGCUCAAGAGCAACAAGACUUAUUGGCUAUGAACCCCGACGAAGAGCCCGUAAUUAUAACGUUCCACGAUUACGUUUUCCGUGAACCGAUACUAUAUGGUGACUUUCGCAAUGCAAUGAAUGAAUCCGAGCCGCGCUUUUAUGAGGACUUAGUAGACUACAGUGCCGUGCAUGCGCUUUUCGAAGAGAUACUAGAAGAAUAUCAAGAGCGUAGAGGCAAAAUGAACUUAGUACUGUUUGAAGAUUGCUUGGAGCAUUUGACGCGCAUACAGCGCACCUUACGCAUGCAUCGUGGACAUGUAAUGAUAAUCGGCGUGGGCGGUAGCGGCAAGAAGAGCAUUACGCGCUUAGCGGCAUUCGCUGCGGAAUGUGAAGUUUUUGAAAUCAUUGUGGCACGCGGCUACAAUGAAACCUCCUUCCGCGACGAUCUUAAGCGUCUGUAUACAAUGGUGGGUGUGGAACGCAAGAAAACCGUCUUCCUCUUCACGGCCGCGCAGAUUGUUGAAGAGGGCUUCCUGGAGCUGAUUAAUAAUAUUCUAACAGUGGGUCAAGUGCCAGCGCUCUUUGCCGACGACGAGAAGGAUGCUGUGGUAUCCUCGUGUCGCGUCGCCGCCGAAGAAGCCGGUUACUCCGCUUCCAAGGACUCCGUUUGGUUAUAUUUCUUACGCACUUGCGCUGAGAAUUUGCAUGUCUCCCUAUGCAUGUCACCGGCCGGCGAUGCGUUGCGCAAUAGAUGUAGAAGUUUCCCCGGUCUAAUUGGCAGCACCUACAUAGAUUGGGUGUUCCCUUGGCCACAGCAAGCUUUAUCGGCCGUGGCACAACUUUUCCUUUCGCAACAUAAAAUGAUUCCUGCAGAACAUCGCGAUGCUAUCAUAGAGCAUGUGGUUCAUGUGCAUACGACCAUUCAAAUAUACUCACGCGAGUACUUACUGAAGCUGCGUCGCAACAAUUAUGUCACACCGAAGCAUUAUCUGGACUUUAUCAAUACCUACGUACAUCUUCUAGAGGAGCGAAGCAACUUCAUUAGUAUGCAACGCAACCGUCUCAAGGAGGGCAUACAAAAGAUCGAUGAUGCCGCUAAGCAAAUUGAAGAGUUACGUCUAAUCGUGAGCGAGCAGAAAGCCAAUGUGGCCAAGGCUUCGGAAGAAUGCGAAGCUAUGUUAGUGAAUAUAGAAGAAUCAACGCAAAAGGCUAAUAUAAAAAAAGCAGAGGCUUCUGAGAAAUCCAUCGAAGUGGAGAUUAAGGGUAAGCAAAUCGCCAUCGAGAAAGAAGAUGCCGAAGAGGCGCUUGCUGAAGCUAUGCCAGCGCUGGAAGAGGCCCGACGUGCGCUGGCCGACCUCGACAAAGCCCAAAUUACCGAGAUCCGUUCCUUUGCUACGCCACCACCGCAAGUGCAAGUCGUUUGUGAAUGUGUCGCCAUAUUGAAGGGCUUGAAGGAAAUCAAUUGGAAGUCAGCCAAGGGCAUGAUGUCCGAUGUUAACUUUCUGAAGAGUUUAAUGGAAAUGGAUUGUGAGGCGCUAACGGCCAAACAGAUAAAUGGAUGUCGUGCACAUAUGAAGAAUUCGAAUUUAGAUGACAUGGAAAAGAUUUCCAUAGCCGGUGCGGGGCUUUUGAAAUUUGUGCGAGCUGUGAUAGCCUUCUACGAGGUGUACCGUGAGGUAAAGCCGAAAAAGGAACGAGUUGACUUUCUAGUGCAAGAGCAAGAAAUACAAAUCAAGCUGCUGAAUCAUCUAAAUAAUGAAAUUGCCAAGCUAGAAGAACAGCUCGACCAGUUGAAUCACCGUUAUGCGGAAUCGAUGAAGCAAAUGAAGGCGCUAACGGAGAUGAUGCGACAGGCCGAACGUAGAUUGAUCGCUUCCAAUAAGCUCAUCAGCGGUUUAAGCUCCGAGCGCAGUCGCUGGGCGGAAGACAUGGAGAACUUCCGCAAACAAAAAAUCAAUAUGAUUGGACAAUGUUUAUUGUGUGCUUCUUUUCUAGCCUAUACAGGCGCCUUUUCGUGGGAAUUCCGUACUGCCAUGGUAUUUGAUGACUGGCUUAAGGAUGUGCAAAACCGUUUAAUUCCCGUACCUACGCCAUUCCGCAUCGACGAAAGCCUCACAACGGAUGUUGAAGUGUCCACUUGGACUUCGGAAGGUCUACCACCGGACGAGCUCUCUGUACAAAAUGGUAUAUUGACUGUACGCGCUUCUCGCUUCCCGCUCUGCAUCGAUCCCCAGCUGCAAGCUUUACACUGGAUUAAAAAACGUGAAGCACGACAAAAUCUAAAAACGCUCUCUUUCUCCGAUUCCGAUUUCUUGAAACAACUCGAAAUGGCACUGAUGUAUGGCUAUCCAGUGCUGUUCGAAGACGUCGAUGACUACAUAGAUCCAGUCAUAGACAGUGUGCUGAGUAAAGAUGUGCAAGUGGUUAGUGGACGUAAAUUCAUUGUGUUGGGUGACAAGGAGGUAGAUUUCGAUCCGAACUUCCGCUUAUAUUUGACUACGAAAUUUUCCAAUCCUAAAUUUGAUCCCGCCGUCUUCGCCAAAGCGAUGGUCAUCAACUACACCGUCACACAGGCGGGUCUAGAAGAUCAAUUGUUGAGCGUAGUUGUGCGCUCGGAACGACCUGACUUGGAGCAGCAGCGCGAAUCUCUCAUAGCGCAGACAAGUGAAAACAAGCAGUUGCUGCAACAGCUGGAGGAUUCCUUGCUGCGCGAAUUGGCCACCUCGACGGGUAAUAUGCUAGACAAUGUCGAAUUGAUUGAGACACUGGAGAAUACUAAAACCAAAGCGGCUGCUGUCUCCGAACAAUUGCAAUUAUCGGCGGAGACGAGCAAGGACAUUGAGAAACUACGCAAUGGAUAUCGACCGGUUGCUAUACGUGGCGCAGUGCUCUUCUUUGCGCUCUCUGACAUGUCUUCGGUCAAUAGCAUGUAUCAAUAUGCAUUGGCUGCCUACUUGGACGUGUUCGGCUAUUCGCUGCGUAAAUCCGUGCCCGACACAGUGCUCGUCAAGCGGCUGGGCAAUAUAAUAAAGACUUUGACCGAGAAUGUUUAUUGUUAUGGCUGCACCGGCUUUUUCGAGCGGCACAAAUUACUCUUCUCUUUCCAAAUAGCCACAAAGCUUGCAAAAAGCAGUGGCACUCUGACGCAGGCUGAAUUAGAUUUUUUCAUUAAGGGCGCGAUUACAUUAACGAAAAGUGAACGCGCUUGCCCGGUCAAAUGGUUAACCGAUAAGGGCUGGGAGGAUAUGCUAAAAUUGGCCAGCGACUUUCCGGAAAAUUUCGGCACAUUACCAGAUAGCUUGGGGCACCUGCCCCAGGAAUGGAAGGAGUGGUUUGAUUUGGAGAAUCCGGAAGAAGUGCCAUGUCCGGGCGAAUACAACAUCAAAUGUAAUCCAUUUCAGAAAUUAAUGUUCCUGCGUUGUUUCCGUGUCGAUCGAAUUUUCCGUGCAAUAAAUGAAUACAUCGUGGACACUAUGGAUGAGUUCUACAUCACGCCGCCAGUGAUUAGUUUCUUCAACAUCUACGAGCAGACCAACAGCAAUACGCCUGUUUGCUUUAUCCUCAGCGCCGGCUCGGACCCCACGAAUGAUUUAAUGAAAUUGGCAGACGUUGUUGGCUUAGGCAUGGGCAAUUUUUGUCACAUCUCACUGGGACAAGGCCAAGAGAAGAAUGCUGUCAAUUUACUGGAUAAAUCUAUUCGCCAAGGUUUUUGGCUGAUGCUACAAAAUGGUCAUUUACUCAUCAGCUUCGUACGCUCGUUAGAGAAGUAUCUUGAAAAAAUCGAAUCACCACAUCCGGAUUUUCGUUUAUGGAUAACAACAGAUCCUUCGCCUACUUUUCCAAUUGGUAUAUUACAAAAAUCUCUAAAAGUUGUCACCGAGCCACCGAAUGGCUUGAAGUUGAAUUUGCGCUCCACCUUUUUCAAAGUACGUCAAGAACGCUUGGAAGCCUGCUCGCAUUCUGCAUUCCGUCCACUGGUUUAUGUACUGGCUUUUUUCCAUGCGGUUGUGCAGGAGCGCCGGAAGUACGAUAAAAUAGGCUGGAACAUUUCUUACGAUUUCAACGAAUCCGAUUUUGAUGUCUGUCUUGAAAUACUGACGACUUAUCUAAACAAAGUAAACGAUUCGACAGGAAAGGUGCCCUGGAACAGCCUGAAAUAUUUAAUUGGUGAGGUCAUGUAUGGUGGACGUGUUAUCGAUGACUUUGAUCGCCGCAUUACUCGCAUUUAUAUGGAUGAAUAUAUGGGUGAUUUCCUCUUUGAUACCUUCAAUCCAUUUCAUUUUUAUCACGACGAAAAUGUUGACUACUACAUACCGGAGGAAGAGGUGGUGCUAAAGGAGGACUUCAUAGCUCAUAUUGAUAAGUUGCCGCUCGUCAACAAACCGGAUGUUUUCGGUUUGCAUCCAAAUGCGGAAAUUGGUUAUUAUACACAGUCGACGCGCAACAUCUGGAAUCAUUUGAUCGAUUUGCAGCCACAGACAGGCGAUGCGACGGGAGGUAUUAGUCGCGAUGAUUUCAUCGACAACGUCGCUUCUGGCAUAUUGAAUAAGCUGCCUGUGGCCUUUGAAGUAUGGCGUGUCAAAAAGCAAAUCCAAAUGAAUAUUACACCGACAGGCGUGGUGCUGCUGCAAGAACUGGAUCGGUUCAAUUUGCUCGUAAUACGCAUCAAGAAGACGCUCGAGCUGUUACGCAAGGCCAUCGCUGGUGAAAUCGGAAUGGACAAUGUGCUGGACAACAUCGCUAACUCCCUGUUCAAUGGACUGUUGCCAAAUGAUUGGCGCAAACUGGCGCCGGCCACAUGCAAGCAACUCGGCAGCUGGAUGGAGCAUUUGCAGAAUCGCGCCACACAAUUCAAGUAUUGGGCCAUGUCAGGUGAACCAUUGGUGAUCUGGUUGUCUGGUCUGCAUAUUCCUCAAAGCUAUCUAACUGCAUUGGUACAGAUGGCAUGUCGCAAAAACGGUUGGCCACUGGACAGAUCUACUUUAUACACCUGCGUUACCAGCUACCUGGAUCCCGAUGACGUGGAGGAGCGACCGCCGACGGGCUGCUACAUUCAAGGUUUGUUUUUGGAAGGUGCACGUUGGGACUUGGACAUUAUGCAACUGGCGCGUUCACAUCCCAAAAUUUUGGUUGAAGACCUUCCGAUACUGUCGGUGGUGCCGAUAGAGGUGCAUCGCCUUAAGUUGCAGAAUACGUUUCGCUCUCCUGUGUACACUACUUCGUUGCGGCGAAAUGCUAUGGGUGUUGGACUCGUUUUCGAAGCUGACCUGGCCACUGCGGAGGAUCUAAGCCACUGGGUAUUACAGGGGGUUUGCCUCACCCUCAAUCGAGACUGAAAAUUUUCUGAUUGCUAUUGUUGUUUUGUUUAUUUCGAGUUUUGUGAUAUUUGCAAAAUACUAAUUCUUAUAUAUUUUGGUUUGGUUCAGAUUUUUCGAUGUUAAAAUUGCACCAUUUGCUUUCUUAUGUAUGUACCUUUUGGCUUAAUAA